AUGGAAAAAGUCGAGUCAUGCCUGGAUCCAGAAACGUGGACAGCAGACGAUUGUCGGAAAAAGCUCACCUCACAAAGCCACCAGUCGAGACAACCCCAGAUGUGCAUAUAUGCACCAAAACAUCAAAACAUGAUGUUGCAAAACGCCAGUCGACCAGCUCCUAGAACCCCGUGCACAUGCAGCCAAUCCAUGAACCAUGACAAAGAAAAGUUCUUGUGCUGGACUGAGCAACUAGGACGACAUACCCAGCAAUCCAUACUACGUCCACCAACAGUGAAUGACUAG